UUUUUUUUUUUUUUAUACCGUUAUUCAUUGUCUUUAUGCUAAUAAAGUGUUAGUCAAUAAUUGAUGAUCUACGUUCCUUUUUACUGGAAUGCUACUAAAGAUUUCAAUCAAUUUGUUAUUUUUUUUUUUCUUGUAUGCUUUUCUUCUCUUCUCUUCUUUUAGUUUUUUCUUGCCGUUCUUUCACGUCGGUUCUUGGUUUUCUGUCGUUCGUUGUCGUUUCGUGUCAUUUGUUUUGAGUUUUUAAAAUGGAGGUUGACUCUUUACAAUUUUUGUUGCGCCAUCGGGGCAAUUUUGAUGAUGUUUUGCAUCUGAUGGGGGUGUUGUUGUUUUCUUCGCCGUCUCGUUUCUCUGCUCGAUUUCGACCCGAGGACAAGGAAUUGGUAGUGCAGUUGCUGCUGUUUUCACUACUCAAUAAUCCCUGUGCUCCUUCCUCUACUUGCGAUUUUGGCUUUCAGCGAGUUUGGAUCGGUGAUUAUUACUACGUCCGAUAUCCUGGAUAUGCGAGAUACCGCGAUCUUUAUCCUCAACAUCUCGCUAGGUUGUUGUGGUGGUUGGAGUCAGGCGAGGAUAUUUUCUAUCCCACUUCUCGAUCUGCGGUGUUUUUACCGGAAUGCCUGCUGGAGGAAUUCGAAGAUUCUGUCUAA